UUACAGACAUGAGAGGCUUUAUUGCAAGGAAAUUCAUUCAUUAUUUUGUUAUUUUUUUUUUUUAAACAGAUGGAGACAACAGGAAGGAAAGAGACCUUCCUGGUCACAGUUGGGCCACAGGAGAACAGGCAGCGGCCCAGGAGGAUCCAGGGUCCUGAUGGUGGUUGAGAAGCUGGUUCUUAGUGAUCACUCAGAAACGUCGGCCUGGCCUUGUGGGGUCAGACCUUGCGUCUCAGUCAGCCCAGGGAGAAGAAGAAGAUGGUCCACACCGAAGUGCAGGGAACAUCGUGGCAGUCGGCUGGGUGCCUGUGUCCAGGCAAGGACACCUCCCGCAUCAGGGAAACACACGUUUCUGGAGUGAGGAGGCUGAAGGCAGGGCCCAGAGGAGAGCCGAGCCAUGGAAGGAGGUGUGUGCAUGGAUGGUGAGCUACAGCAGGUGCAGGUGCCUCAGGGAGGAUGUGUGGGACGAACUGACUCAGGGAAACCAUAAGAAAUGCUUUCACCAAACAGGAGAAACCUGAAGGUCUGGGUCCAGAGCCUCAGAUCUUACACUGGCAGCACACAGGGACACAACAGUUGGACUGGCAGCAAUGGGGCUUGCAGCAGCUGGACUGGCAGCACACGGGGACACAGCAGCUGGACUGGCAGCAGCAGGGCUUGCAGCAGCUGGACUGGCAGCAGGAUGAUCCACAGCCUGAGGAGCAGCAGCAGGGCUUACAGCAGCUGGACUGGGAGCAGCCACAAGAACCACAGCCCCCCUUGGAGCCCCCACAGGAGCCACAGCCCCCCUUGGAGCCCCCACAGGAGCCACAGCCCCCCUUGGAGCCCCCACAGGAGCCACAGCUGGAGCAGGAACAGGCUGGCACACAGCAGCACACGGGCUUGCAGCAGCAGACAGGCACACAGCAGCUGGAGCCACAUCCCCCACAGCCGGAGCCACAGCCCCCACAGCCGGAGCCACAGCCCCCAUAGCCGGAGCCACAUCCCCCACAGCCGGAGCCACAGCCCCCACAGCCGGUGCCACAGCCCCCACAGCCGGAGCCACAGCCUCCAGAGCAGCCACAGCAGCCCAUGGUUCUGGUGGAUUGAGGGUGGAGCAGGUAGAGGAGCAGGUGAGAGGGAGGUGCAGGUGUGGAGCUCCCUGAGCCUGGGCCCUUUAUAUCCCUGCCCAGGGUCAGGUGUGAAGCUGGGCACAUGGUCACUUCCUGGUUCCUCUUUGUGCCAUUCUCCCAGGAAGAUUUUGUUUGCUUUCUUGAAACUAGAAACAACCACGUUCUGUUUAUUGUGUUUUGCAGUUUUACUUCUGGCUCUGCGUCUCUACUCUGACUGGCGCGUGCCACACCCGUGUAUCAUGGAACUGACUGGGGCUCGCGGGCGCCCGCUGGACCUGCCACACAUCCCCUUCCCCAGUGGUUGUCCUCACACGACUCCUGGCCAUCAGGGGAAUGCCUCUGAACAGCCACCAAGAGACCCGGAGAGCUUGGCCAGGAGGGGCGUGCAGGACCUCGUAGCUUUCACAGCUCUUAGGGCAGGAGGCUGGGAUCAACUCCUCCCUCCUGGGGGGCUCCCCAGCUGGGCAGCUGCCAGGAGCUGCUUGCAGGGCCUCACGCCUGAGGCUGCAUCAAACCCAAGGUCACGCAUGUGCAGGGUGAUGGGGCUGGGAGGGGCCCGACACACUCGUUCAGAAAGGCAGAGCUGGCGGGGUUACUCUUCCGACACUGUCGAGAGAGACCUUUGCAGGAUGUCAGAAAAGGAGGGAGCUAGAGGCAGGGGUGAAGCCUGUGUCCCUGUCCUGGGGCUCCCGUGACAAAUGACCACAGACUGGGGGCUCAGACAAGAGGAAUUAGUUCUCUCACAAUUACAGAGGACAGACACCUGGGUGUCUGCAGGCUGAGCUCCCGCCAAAGGCUCUCGGGAGGCUUCUUCCUGCCUCUUCCAGCUUCUGGGCUCCGGGUGUUCCCUGGCUGUUCCUUGACUGUGGCCGCAUGGCCCAGCCUCUGCCUCCGCAGCCACAGGGCCGUCUCCUGCGCUCCAGGCCUCUCUUCUCCUGCAGUCAGGUUCCUCCGGCCUCCCUCUUACCAGGACGCUGAGGUCACGCUCAGGGCCCGCCCCGGAGUCUAGGAUAUCCUUCCCAUCUCAGGAUCCUAGACACAAUCACGUUUGCCAAGGCCCCUUACAUCCACAGGACCCAGGAACCUGGACUUGGGGGCCAGGAAGGCAUCGGUCAGCCAAGCACAAGACCCCUGGGGUCACCCUUGGUGCCUGUC